UCUCUCCGUGUGCAGAGGCGCAGCAGUUCUUCAGUUCUUCAGAGAUUAAUCCAGCUUUCUCUCUUUUUUCAGCUGACAUGUCAGAGUUGGUACUCUUUCUGCUGGUAUCAUAUGGGAUUGCGUCAUCGGGCGUCUGGGGAGAGGAUGAUGAUGACGAGUGUGGUUUCGAAUUGUCUGAGCUAAGAGCCAGUAUAAAGAAGCUUGACCAGACGCUGUUGCUCGGCGAGUGGAAACUGGCGCACAUGCGUGCCCACCGCCGCUUCAAACUAGUGCCCAAACAAGAACAACCAACAAGCCAAAACGAGACUACUGGACAAUCGCUGCUGAGCACAGGAGGAAACCUGCUGGUUCACGACAGAGAUUGUUCUGAGUUGUUCGACAGAGGAAAAACAGAGAGCGGCUUCUACCGGAUUAAACCCAAAGCGAGCCUCGAGCCGUUCCUGGUGUUCUGUGAUAUGGAGGAUGGAGGAGGGUGGACUGUAGUGCAGAAGCGGCGCAAUGGCAAAGUGGACUUCAACAGGAACUGGGAGGAGUAUAAAAAUGGUUUUGGCAAUUUCCAGAUAAGUAAAGAUGAGUUCUGGCUGGGCAAUGACCACAUUCAUGUCUUGCUGAAGGGAGGUGAAAAUGUAAUGAAGAUUGAUUUGAUGGACUGGAAUGGAGAAAGAUCGUAUGCAAUGUAUGACAACUUCAGAGUGGGAGAUGAAAAAGACAAGUACAGGCUAUACUAUGCAAUGUACAGUGGCAGGGCAGGAGAUGCUUUGUCUGGUGGGAGUAACAUGGUGGAGCAGUGGUCUGCCUCCCACAGUGGUAUGCAAUUCAGCACCAAGGACCUGGAUAAUGAUCGCUACCUGCAGGAAGCUGUGCUAAAGAAAAACAAAGGAGGCUGGUGGUUUGGCAGGUGUCAUGCUGCCAACCUGAAUGGACUGUUCUAUCGAGGGGGAAAAUACACAGCCAAACAUGACAAUGGAGUGGUGUGGAGCACCUGGAGGGGGCUGUGGUACUCCCUCAGACACACGAGCAUGAAGGUGCGGCCUGCAGCUUUUAUGGACAGCCUGGGCAGUGGGGCGGGACCAGAGGCUUAGAUGAAACCUACUGCAUUGUGUAUGUGUUUGUCACAAUUUCAGCAUGAAUUGAAAGUGGACUUCUGCUGCAGUAUUAAACCAAUAUAAAGCAAAUAUAUUAAGGAGAUGAAUGUCAAUAUAACCUACACUGACACUUGCCUGUGAAUCAUGGGUAUAUACAUUACCUUUAGAAAAGCAUUUAACAUGUGCAGUUAGACAACGUUUUUUUCAAGCAUGUGAUAAAUUACCAACUCACAGAUACAUUUUACUGUACAUGAUAAAGUAACUAAGCAUUCAAA